UUCUCACUGAGGAAAUUAAUCAUUGAGGGACAUGCUUCUCAAGGCAAUGGGAGAGUGUGUGUCUGAGCGCUGGAGGAGGAGAGGCUGGCAACAUUCAGUGCAAGUGCACUUGUAGCUGGGUCUUCCAGCAGAACAAGGUGUGCAGAUCAAAGAAUUUACCACAAACCUGAAGAGGGAGAGAUUGAAGCUCAGCUAUGAGUAGUUCCAGUGCUAAACCAACACGCCUUUCGCAGCCAGUGGUGAAGAGUGUGAUGGUGUAUCGCAAUGGGGACCCCUUUUUCCCAGGUCGCCGGGUUGUCAUCCAUGAGAAAAAAGUGUCCAAUUUUGAUGUUUUCCUAAAAGAAGUGACAGGUGGAGUGAAUGCUUCUUUUGGGGCGGUGCGGAAUAUUUACACACCCCACGGUGGACAUCGUAUCCAGCAACUAGAUGAAAUUCAGAGUGGAGAGCACUAUGUUGCUGGUGGCCAGGAGGCCUUCAAAAAACUCAACUAUUUGGACAUUGGGGAGACAAAGAAAAGGCCCACUGAAAUUAAUAAUGAGGUGAAGCCAGUUACCCACAGUAGAAUAAAUGUAUCUGCACGGUUUCGAAAGCCGCUUCAGGAGCCAUGCACUGUUUUCCUGAUUGCUAAUGGUGACCUCAUAAGUCCAGCAGUACGCCUCUUCAUCCCAAGGAAAGCACUAAAUCAGUGGGAUCGUGUCCUUGAAAUGGUUACAGAAAAAGUCACACUCAGGACUGGAGCUGUAUAUAGGCUCUACACUUUAGAUGGAAAACUUGUUGAGAGUGGGUUGGAUUUGCAAAAUGGACAGUUUUAUGUUGCAGUUGGUAGAGAUAAAUUUAAGAAGUUGCCCUACAGUGAAUUAAUGUUCAGCAAGUCCACAAUGAGGAGACCUUAUGGUGCAAAAGCAUCCUCUUUGCCUCCUGCUGGUGGAUCUGGAAAGUCUAAAGGAAGCUCAAAAUCUACUGACACAGGAGAAACAGUCACCUCUCCUCUACUGCCAAAGGGCACGGACAAGAAUGGACAAAAUCAAGAGUUUAGGAAACCUGCAAAAUCAAAAGCGACAAUCAAAUCUCAUACUCUCCCUGAUAAUGAUGAUGGUGUUUACAAGGCUGGCAAAAAGCGCUCUGAAAUGCAAGGUGCUGUGGAAGUCCAGGAAGAUGAAGACACUCAGACUGAGGUCCCAGUUGAUCAGCGACCAGCAGAGACUGUGGAGGAGGAAGAAAAUAUAGCCCCAGAACAUAAGGCUCAGCAUCAAGGACACUAUUCAGCGAUGAAUGGAGAGGCUGAUCCAGGUGAAGAGACUGAGGAGGCCAUGAAUGGAAUGGAAGAAGACAAAGAGAAACUGAAUAGCCAUUACGAAGAUGCACAGCAAGGGCAGGAACUUGACCAAGGAGCAGAAGAAGAGUCCAUUCCUCAUAGAUAUGGUGAAACAAAUGAAGAAAAUGGUGAGGAAAUGGAUCAGAGUCAUCAUGUAGAAGAAACAAAAGAAGGUACUGAUUAUCAAAUCCAGGCUGAUUCCAAUUACGAAAAAACAUCACCUCCAAGAGUCACUGUCACCAGUCCACAGGAAAGUGAAAAAAAUGAACAAAGCAAUGAAUAUGCAGCAGUAGCAUAGACAUAUUUCAAAGGGUAUAGCUUAACAGAAAAUGAAGGAUUUUAUAUUUUGAAUGCCAAGCAUCUUUCUGUUUGCUUGAUUAAUUUAUAAUGCAAUGAUAUGAUGGAGCCCCACCCAUCGACCCUUGGUGUGAUAAUGUGGUAUCCAGUAAAUAGAUAAUUAAAUGAAUGCUUAUUAAGAGGAAGAAGGAAUUGUAGUCCCAUGCAUUGGUAUUCCUGUUAUGUGAAUUUUAACGGGAAGCAUGGGUGUUAAUUUAAUAAAUACUGUCAUUGCAGGAUACCUAAUGUGGAACUGUCCCCUCUCCCCAUGUAUGCUCACAAAAGAGAUGGUUAGACUUGUAAGCACUUGGUUAGAAGAGUUAAAUAAUAUUUUUGCAACUUUGAAAUUAAAAACCUGUAAUAUUUUUAAAGCUGAAUAAAUCUAUAUGUAUAUGA